UAAUUUUAUACUUAAAAAAUCUCUUACUAUAACUAUCCCAUCGAAAGCUGAGAAAACUUGAACCGGAAAGAGCAAAUGGCAACAGUUUCAUCCUCAGUCGCUUCUCUUUCCAAGCCCUUAAACCCAUCUAUCUCAUCCACCGGAAACCCUACCAUCUUCAAUCUAUUGAAUCCUCAGCUCAAUCGAGCAAAAUCCCCACAAACCCUAUCUCUCAAAUCUCCUUCAAUUUCUCAUCUUUUUAUCAAGCCUCUAAAAGCUCAACAAUCUCGCAUUUCUUCUACCCCAAUCACCUCCCUUUUUACCGGUAUAGUUGAAGAAAUCGGCCAAAUCAAGCAACUGGGUUAUGAUAAACCCGACAGUUUCACCAUGAAAAUUAAAGCUAACCUCAUUCUUGAAGACAUCAAUCUCGGCGACAGUAUUUCCGUCAAUGGAACUUGUCUCACGGUCGCUUAUUUCGACAAACAGUUGUCGGAAUUCAGUGUUGGAUUGGCUCCAGAAACGCUGAGGAAGACUUCUCUGAUCGAAUUGGAACAAGGGUCUCUGGUGAAUUUGGAAAGGGCUUUGAUGCCUAGUACUAGAAUGGGAGGUCACUUUGUGCAGGGCCACGUUGAUGGGACCGGCCAGAUUGUUGAGCUCAAACCUGAAGGAGAUUCUCUGUGGGUAAAAGUUAAGACUUCGAAAGAAAUUUUGAGGUACAUUGUGCCUAAAGGAUUUAUUGCUGUGGAUGGGACUAGUUUGACUGUAGUAGAUGUGUUUGAAGAAGAAUACUGUUUUAACUUCAUGUUGGUGGCUUACACUCAGCAAAAUGUGGUCAUUCCGAUGAAGAAAGUGGGACAGAAGGUUAAUCUUGAGGUGGAUAUACUGGGGAAGUAUGUGGAGAGGCUUCUUAGUAGUGGCUUUGUCAAUGCCAUCAAAUCUUCAUGAAAAAAGGUCCAAUGUUCAUUUGGCUGGCUAGAAUUGAGGAGUCAUUUUGUUCUUGUGCUCGACAAGAAUAAAACAUCAUGCUGGUUUUUCUUGUUGCUUCGGGAAUUAUUGCGAGAAUUCACAGGGAUAAAAUAAUCAGCCAAGAGGAGCAAUAAAUUUUACAUGUAGGUGCAUGCGCAUGCACCCAGUAGGUGUUUCAUGCACAAGAUAAUGUAUGCCAACUACCAAUAUUAAGGUAAAAACUUGCUGCAUCAUUUGUGGCCGUGCUUCAAAGGACUUAUUUGUAAUCAAUAUUUCUGUUCCUCGCUCAGUUGAUCCUGUUAUAAACUAUUUCUGAAAUGGCCACAAAGCAGUGUUGUCAAAGGCGCGCUCAAGUCCUGAAAAGACUCAGAACAUGUUGAGCUCUUUGCCUCGCUUAGCGGGCGCUUCAGUGUCGUCAUCAAAGCUCUAAAGCAUACUUUUCCUUGCCAAUGAGCGUAGUCCUGUAAAGACAACACUAAACAAUUGAUAUUUUAUGUUAUCGUAAUAUUUUUUAA